AUGGCAAUUAAGUUGGCAACUCUUUUGGCCAUUGGCCUGGCUUUGUUGGCCCUCAGCGAAGCCCGUCAUGUUCCUGGACAUCGGCGUCAGCACUAUAGCCAGCGAGCUUUGAUAGCCAAACCCCAUGCCGGACCUCAGGGACGUGUCUUUCCUGGAGCUGUGGCCAUCAAGAAGUUGGUUUUGUUGAAAUUCAAGAAAAUUGUACCCAUCUCCCUGAUCCUGUUGAAGUCCAGCAACGAGAAUGAGGCUGAAUUGGUGCCUGUUUAUCCCACCGAUCAGAUUCCUGAGAAUGUUCAGUUCAUUCCCACACCGAAUGGCAUCUCCGGUCACAAGGAUGUCCAGGCUAUUGCCAUUCCCAGUGAGUUGCAUGAUCAACUGCAGAUUAAUGGUUUGUCCAACUUGGAGAACAUUGAGGCUUUGCUGCAGAGCAGCUCCAUUGCCUCGGCCGAUCAUGAGGGAGAUGCUCCGCCAGUUGGAAAUAGCAUUGCUGUAGCCCAGCCCGAGGAUUUGGUGUUGGAUCAGCCGGAGAAUGAUGAGGAUCAGCUGUUGGAGGGUGUGUCCUCUGUGACUCCAGUGGCUGCUCCAGUUGCCGCUCCUGCCCUGCGUCGCCUGUCCGCCGAUGAGUUGCUCCGCUCCGGAGUGCGAAACUCUGCCCAGCAGCAACAGACCAGUGUGGAGGAGAUCCCUCUGCUCCUGUACUCCGCCAACGAUGGCUCCGUUUCGGUCUCCGGCUCGGGAUCGGGUGUCUCCAGUGUGGGACGUCGCUUUGUGGCCGCCACUCCUGCCCUGCGUCGCCGUCAGCACCAGCAGCAGUACUUCAACUGA